AUGACUCACAAAGACGGAAAUGAGUCGGACAAUGAUGAGGUCCAGAACCAGAUGAUGUCACAAGAAACAGUGUCAGCCGAAGAGAUAAGGAUACUAAGACAGCAAAUGACAGAGAUGUACGAAGCUUGGAUGAGUGGACAAGCUCCACCGCCUUCAAUCUGUGACUAUCUAAAUACAAAUAUGUCACCCCCAGUCCAAGUAUCGAUAAGUGAUCCAAUUUAUCCACCUGGAUUCGGUCCCUAUGCUAACGCAUCCAACGUAGAUGGAACUUCUACGGUGCGCCCUUUGAGUAUGCCUAUGACAAGUAAUCCACUAUUCAUUCCAACUGCGCUGACUAAUGUCGUUCAACAACCUAUAAUGGAGAAAGAAUCCAACAACGAUCCUCCACCCAAAGUUCAAUAUGAUCGAAAUUAUACUCCUGAAUUGACUUUUAAAAUUCCAAGCUCUUACCCUCACACUCAUCAGUAUAAUUCUCAUGUUGAGGCUGAAAAAGCUAUUAAGAACGAGGAACAUGAAGAAAUGGCUAGAAAAAUGAAGAGUUUGGAACAGAGUUUCAAAAAAUAUGAUGAACAUGGAGAUCCUGUAGCUCAUUUAAAGAGAUAUUGUAAUGAACUGAAAGGAGCUGAAAGCAAAGAAGAAUUGCUCAUGGCUUAUUUUGGGGAAAGUUUGAUGGCAAUUGCCUCAGAAUGGUUCAUAGAUCAAGGUACUUCUAACUGGCAUACAUGGGAUGAUUUGGCUCGAUGCUUUGUUCAACAAUUUCAAUAUAACAUUUUCAUAGUUCCAGAUCGUACUUCACUUGUCAACAUGAGAAAGAAGACCACCGAAAAUUUUCGUGAAUAUGCUAUUAGGUGGAGGGAGCAAGUUGCUUGGGUUAAGCCGCCAAUGAAAAAGUUUGAAAUGAUUGAUGUUUUUCUUCAAGCGCAAGAACCAGACUACUUUCAUUAUUUACUUUUCGUUGUUAGAAAAACAUUCGCUGAAGUUAUUAAGAUUGGUAAAAUGGUGGAGAAUGACAUCAAGUCUGGAAAAAUUGUAAGUCAAGCUACCUUGAAAGCCACAACACAGGUGAUUAAAAAUGGAUCAGGAAAUCUUUGA